CAUUUCAAACCGGCAUCAGAACUCCUCCAAACGUUCUAGCAAGUCAUAGUUAUUCUCAACAUGAACACCUACUUUGUGAUCGCUUUGAGUGCUCUGUUUGUGGCUCUGGCUGUUGCCUCGCCCAUCGAACUGAACGAGGAGCAGAAGGCUUUGGCCAAGCAGCACGGCGAGCAGUGUGCAGCUGAGCUGAAGUUGACCGAGGAGGAGAAGGCCAAGGUCAAGGCCAAGGACUUCAAGAACCCCACCGAGAACAUCAAGUGCUUCGCCAACUGCUUCUUCGAGAAGGUCGGAACCCUGAAGGACGGAGAGCUGCAGGAGUCCGUUGUCCUGGAGAAGCUGGGCGCCUUCAUCGGCGAGGAGAAGACCAAGGAGGCCCUGGCCAAGUGCCGAUCCAUCAAGGGCGAGAACAAGUGCGAGACCGCCGUGAAGCUGCACGAAUGCUUCGAGGGCUUCAAGCCCGUCCACGAAGUUAAGGCUUAAGAGCAUUCGGAAGCUGAAGUUUGGCAAAUUGUGAUUAAUUUAUAAAGAAAUGUGAAGAUUAACUUAAAAACUUGUAUGCUGGAUUUUAAUAUAUGCUUUGUCAGAUGAAA